AGCAGAUCCCGCCCGAUCAUCCUGCCCCCUCUCCCCGAUCUUCCCCCUCCCCCUCCUCGCCCCUCUGUCCCCUCCCUAUCACCAUGGAUCUCCGGCAUGCCGUGGCUGACAAGACCGGCAAGGUCAUUCGCUGCCCCUUCUGCGAGCUGAACAUCUUCGUCAACCGCAAGUACACCCAGGACCCGUGGAUGUUCACCAAGCUCCAUAUCGAGGAGGGCCUCAACUAUCGCAUGACGCGCCAGUUCCAUGGCUUGAGCAGUCUCGUUGGCGCCUUCCUCUUUGGUGGCGCGUACGGGUACUUCUCGUACCAGGGCAUCCUCACCAAGGCGCAGAAACUCCUUCCUCGGGCGCACCCGGCCAUUCGCCAUGUUCUGGCGUAUGGCCCGACGGUUUCCGGGGCGGCCUUCUUCGCCGGUGUCGGGUUUGCCUUCCUCCCGAUGUUCACGGAGAUGACGCCGACGCUGUUCACCGUGGCCGAGGCCACCACGCGUGGUCUCAUGACCGACGCCAAGCGGUGGCUUUUCAAGCGGGAAUACGCCCUUCAGCAGCAGCAGCAGCAACAGCAGCCGCAGCUGCCCCCGGUCGGCAGCCAUGCGGCCACGUCCUCCGGGGCCAGCUGUGCUCACUGCCCGCAUUCGGCCGGGGCCGCCCCGGGCACUCCCUCGGUGGCGGCGAGCAUGCCGCCAUCCACCACCGGCACCCAGGCCGAGUAGGCCGGUGCUCGCUGGGGCGCCCUCUCGCCAUCUCCCCCUCCGCCUCGCAUACUCCCUGCCUCGUGUCCGGGGCGCCAGCCUCUGCCAUCUCCCUCAAUCUGCUGUUGCCCCACCCUCUGGACGGCCAUGCGGCCGCGAGAAUGCCUGCCAAUAUGGGAGCGAGGAAGAGACAAGGGGGG